AUGACAACCUUUUCAACUGAAUUCUUAUCACACACUCUCAAUUUCAGAAACCACCCAAACCGCACUUCUCGCCGUUCAAAUCCCAACACUAUCGUCACUUCCUCAACCCCGGGCAACACCAACAACCGAAGAACAAGAAUCAGGGUCAAUGAAACAAGGCCAAAACUUGAUCAAGAUUACGAUGAAGCUCUCAUUAGGUCAUUCAAAUCAGCUAAGUACAAUCGAGCUCUCCGCUUUCUUAAGCGCAUGGUUGACAGGGGUUAUAAACCUGAUGCCAUUCUCUACCAUUCUCUUCAUCAUCUUCCUCUCCAUCUUUGA